GGUGGAAUCAAAUCAGCAGUUGAGAACAGAUCAGUCGCAGGUCAACCAGCAGGAGAACCAAGAAGCACUCAGUACUGAAGUGAGUACAAUCCUUCAACUCUUUGAGUGACUAAACUUUGGAAACAAACCAUCCCAGCGGUCUCUAAGAAAACUGACUACCUGAAGAAUGGAGAGAAACAAGAAAACCGUUUAUUCACUGUUUAUUCUGCUGCUACUGCUACUGGUCUGCAAAAGUGAGGAGUGUCCCAGCCUUCCAAAGAAUCUCACUUGCUACACUGACUACAAUAGAAACAUCACAUGUUUGUGGAACAGCAGAUACGUGUCUGAUGACACUGCAUGCACCAUACAUGCUCACUAUAAAUCUCGCUACAUUUCUUACAGCGCUUCCUGUCACCUAAAGCCUUUUGAUGUCUCCAGACCAGCUCUAAAGAAGUGCUCCCUGAUCUUUGAAAUUGAAUACACUUUUCUGUCUUUCCAUGAGUUGUCCCUUAAUCUGAGCUGCAACCAAAUGAAGCAGAGUUUAAUCACUUCCUUCAAGCCAUCCUGUCACAUAAAGGUGAAUCCUCCUGCAGAGCCAAAAGUCAACUUCACGUCUGUUUCCUGGUUGUCCCAAGUCCCCGAACAUGAAAGGAUCAGUUCAUACAAAAGUAAAGUGCAGUGGAAGAAGCAGGAUCAGUCAUGGAGUGAUCCCGCUGUGCGCAAAACACGUGGCAUUCAAUGUGGGCAGGAGUGCAAGGCAGAGCUGAAGCCACAUUUGCUGAUCCAAGGCGAGAGGUAUGAGGCACGCGUUCGUGUGCGGUCUAUUUUUCAGCACCGCAAGGGAGCCUGGAGUGACUGGAGCCCCACUGCAUCAUGGGAGUCACCAGCAAGAAGAAAGAAAAAAACUUACCAUGUGUAAUUGCUAUAAACUUUCACAGCACACAUUGCAACCUGUACCCAGAUAUUUAAAAUCACAGAUGUACGGGAUGUAUAUAAAACUUAGGUUUUUGGUAGCACUUAAUAAUAAUGUCACAAUGUUAAGAAUUAUUAAUGUUAUAGUAAGGUAUUAGCAAGUGUUUAAUUCAUACUAACAGUGAGUUACUAUCAGUGAUAGCUGUACAUGGUGUAGUAGUAACAGAUGUAUAAAUAUAUGUGUAUUUAAAAAUGACAUACUGAGGAGGAGUAAUUAUAUAUAAAACAUGGAGUACACACUGUUAGGUUCAUUUUUGAGAGAGAGAAGACAAACAUGCUCAAAGCGCGUUGUCUUAAAUGUAUUAAGCAUUUGAAGGCUCAAGUUAAAAAACAGCUGCCGAGUCUCUUUGCUCGCUCAGGAGAGCCAAACGAACAAAGAGCAGCACACCCAAAUAGUAUAGACUUUUAUGGUGGGUCACAGAAACAGAAUGUUAACAUGAUUGGUGGAAUCAGUUGAGGGUGGCCUUCGGUCUGAUACUGGUGCACGUUUCUUCUUCUGCACCUCUCUGGAUAUCAGCCUUAUAUGGAGAUGACCCUUUCGCAGGCAACACUCCCAUUACCAUGGCAACCACCUGUCGUUCUCCAGCCUGGCCUAUAGAGUUCAAGAAGGGGGGUUGUCUUGUAGCUAUCACGACCUCCAUCCACAUUCCUGUGAAGGAUCUUCCCCCUGUUUGUCUGCCAGCAUCAGAGUGAAUCCAGACUAUUCUUCAAUACAUUGUGUGCAGUAAAGGAUAAACAAAUGUGUGUUGCUAAUCAUCAAGUGUUAGCCUUAAAGAUAAUAAAUCCCAUCAACACUUAUUACCUCAAUAAUGCUUAAAAGUGUAAUAUUAUUAUAAAGUUCUACCAAGAUUUUUAACUGUGACAUGAUUUUUUUUUUUUUUUUGCGAGGAGGGUUUGUUCUCCACCACAGUACGUUCAUAAUAAAAGAAUCA